AUGGCAUCGACAGGCGUAUUACCCAAGAAGGGCGAGGGGACGAGAGAUCAAUCUGUCACAAUCUCGAACAAUCUGCCGAGCCAGCCCAAGGCCAGGGAGCAAUCGGAGCUAGAAAGCUCCUCAAGCGCGGCCGACGGCCUAAUGCAUAAUCAGCAAAACGUGCCAGGAGGUAGAAAUACGAGAAGCGCGGAGGAAAUCGAAGAGUCACAACUGGCAGAGCGGUUACAGUCCGCCCGUAUUGACGCGGCGGCCGACACGGAAAGCAAAUUGGCGAGUGAAAUCGAUAUGCUCAAUGAUCAUGUCCGGCAUCUCAAAUUCGAGCUGCAGAAGAUAUUGGAAUUUGAAGAGGAGCGAAUUGCCAUGAUAGGCAAGCUCGACGCAUACGUGGCCAAAUUGUUUGAAUCCGAAGACGAGGAAGUUAGGCGCAACGCACUCGAGCGAGCUAUGAAAGAAUUCCGCAUCGCCCGUAAAGCGGCCAAGGAGGGUCGACACGCAUCAGCAACUUUCGGCCCGGAGGAUAUCCCGGUACGAUAUGUCCAGGAGAAUUAUACAAGUGUUGCUCCCUCGCCGACGAUGGCCAGCCAUUCGGCCAGGCUCUCGCAAUCAAGCCCGCAACAAUUCUGCCCGACGGCAACACCACCUGCCGAUGAAGGGCACGAGAGCCCUCGAGUCGAGGACUUCGACUCCUUGCCCUUUUAA